AUGGCUCCGAAACCUUCGUCUGCACUCUUCACGUUUGAGGAUGCCAGGGCAGCCUUCAACAUUUUCUGCUGCGUGUGCGGUAUCGGCUCGCUCGGUAUGCCGUCCAACUACGCUCGCGCAGGUUGGGUGUUCGCUACGAUCGCGCUGCUGUUCAUGGCGUUCGCCAACAUCUACUCGUCGGUGCUGCUGUCCAAGGUCUUGUAUGUGGCUCCGCCCACAGUUCGGACGUACGGUGAUCUCGGUGAGUGGGUUGCGGGCCGGUCUGGACGUUUCGUGGUGACGAUCUCGCAGAUGGGUGUGUGUCUGCUGCUGCCCUGCGCCUUCCUGGUGCUCGGUGGCUCGCUGCUGGACGUGCUGUUCCCGGACUGCUUCAGUCAGUCGGUGUGGAUCAUCUUCAUGGCCGCCAUGGUCGUCCCUGUUGCGCUGAUCCCGACCAUGAAGGAGAGUACGGGAAUGGCUGUGGCCGGUUGCCUCGGCACGAUCGUCGCCGAUUUUAUCGGUAUUUCUAUCCUGUUGUGGGAAGAACGCGGCCACCCCUCGCCCCCCACGGCCGAUGUGACGGCCCACCAGGUCAUCAACACGUUCGGUAACUUGUCGCUCGCCUACGCUGCCGCUACCGUCAUUCCUGACCUGCAGCGUCAACACUCGCAGCCCGAGCGUAUGCCCCGUGUUAUCAUUGUCAGCCUCGGUAUCGCGUCCGCUUUCUUCAUCGCCGUCGCUGUCUCCGGUUACGCCGUCGGUGGCUGCCAAAUGUCGGGUAACUUGCUGUUCUCCGUCGCCAACACGUCCGGCCCGUCGGCUCCCACCACGCUGGGCUUCAUCGCCGACCGUGGCGCCGUGGUUAUGGCCUUUCUGUUCAUGCAGAUGCACCUGUCCAUCGCCUUCUCGACCUUCCUGCACCCGGCCUUCUACAUGCUCGAGCGUAUGAUUCUGGGCAUGCACAAGGUGGAGGCUGUGACUGCUGAGGGCGAGGAGAAGAUGUCGUACCUCAACGCGUCGACGCCCGCUGACCUGGAGAGCAACGAGCAGCGUGUGUCGCGUCCUCGCCCCUCUGGCCGCGUCUCUGCGACCAACACGAUGGUGGCGGAGGAGGAUCUGUCCGAGUACAAGGGCGGCGCGAACGUGUUGCGCUACAUCAUGAUGCGUAUCACGAUGAUCACCAUUCUGGUGGUUCUCUCGAUCCUACUGCGUGAACACUUCCUCGACCUCGUGGACUUCACGGGCGCCACCUUCAUCACUCUGUCGAGUCUGAUCGUGCCUCUUCUCUUCUACAUCAAGGUGUUCUGGGCCAAGGUGCCGGCGUGGGAGAAGCUCAUGUGCGUGACUGUCGCCACCAUCUGCACCGUGUGCGGCAUCUACGUCAUGAUCUACUCGGCCAAGAACCUCUUCAACCCCAGCAGCAACGACGACGAGGCCACGUUUCCGUACUGCUCGGAGGAGUUCCAGGAGGAGCCGUACUACAUUAGGAACAACAGCACGGCCUAA